GGGAUGUCCGCCCUGCGGAGGAAAUUCGGUGAGGACUACCAGGUGAGCACCUCCAGGGGAACGUCCUACAAGGCGCAGGUCAAGAAGAAGCGACAGAGGUUCGUGGACAAGAACGGACGGUGUAAUGUGCAGCACGGGAACCUGGGGGGAGAGAGCAGCAGGUACAUCUCGGAUCUCUUCACCACCCUGGUGGACUUGAAGUGGAGGUGGAACCUCCUGAUCUUCAUCAUGACUUACACCAUCGCUUGGCUGGUGAUGGCCUCCAUGUGGUGGAUCAUCGCCUACAUCCGAGGGGACAUUAGGCCGUCCCAUGGAGAGAGCUACGAGCCGUGCGUGUCCAACGUCUACAACUUCCCCUCGGCCUUUCUGUUCUUCAUCGAGACCGAAGCCACCAUCGGCUACGGCCACAGGUACAUCACCGAGAAGUGUCCCGAGGGCAUCAUCCUCUUCCUCUUCCAGUCGCUGCUGGGCUCCAUCGUGGACGCCUUCCUCAUCGGCUGCAUGUUCAUCAAGAUGUCCCAGCCCAAGAAGCGGGCAGAGACCCUCAUGUUCAGCCACAGCGCGGUCAUCUCCCAGAGGGACGGCAAGAUCUGUCUGAUGUUCCGGGUGGGAAACCUGAGAAACAGCCACAUGGUGUCCGCUCAGAUCCGCUGCAAAGUUAUAAAGUCCAGGCAAACCCCGGAAGGAGAGUUCCUGCCGCUGGAUCAGUGUGAGCUGGACGUGGGGUUCGGGACCGGAGCGGACCAGCUGUUUCUGGUGUCUCCUCUCACCAUCUGCCACGAGGUGAACGGCAAGAGCCCCUUCUUCGACCUGUCGGAGCGAUCGCUGAGGAACGCGCAGUUCGAGAUCGUCGUCAUCCUGGAAGGAAUUGUGGAGACAACCGGGAUGACGUGUCAAGCAAGGACCUCCUAUACUGAAGACGAAGUCCUCUGGGGUCAUAGAUUCCUGCCUGUCAUGUCCCUGGAGGAAGGCUUCUUCCGUGUAGAUUACUCCCAGUUCCACUCCACCUUCGAGGUCCCAACCCUUCCCUACAGCGUGAAGGAGCUGGAGGAACGGCUGAGCCUUGCCUCGGGCUGUCGGACCCCCUUCGUGGACCCCAGCAAGAGCCGGAGGGGACAGAUUUACUCUCUGGAACGCAUCGAGGUGGCGGAGGAGAAGAACAGCCAUCUGCCGGCCAAGUUCCAGAAGAUGAGCGCGACCAGGGAAGAGCUUCAGAGGAAGGUGCUGAGGUUGACGACCAACCUGAUCGAGAAGACGUACAGCACCGGGGACCUCCCGCUCAAAGUGCAGAGGAUGAGCUCGGCCCCCAACGCCCCCAGCAUCGAGGAAAGCCUGCCCCUCCGCGCGUUCAAGGUCAACUCGGAGCCCAUCGCCCACUCCACCGGCGAUCUGACCCUAAGGGCUCAGGGCGUGCGAACCAUGGCUGCCCGGCUCGAGGACACCUUGCCCGACAAACUGAAGAGGAUGAACUCCGACCGGCUGACUUAG